GGCGCGGGAGCGCGGGGCACGGGCCUGCAAGAGCCAGGCGGGCUGCGCGCGAUGAGGCAGCGGUGCCGGGAGCGGGAGCCGGUGGCAGGGCGAGGCGGGCAGGGGUGCAGUCCAGGGUGCUCCGGAGGCUGCUGAGACGCCGCGGAGAACCGCUAGAGCGCAGAGGAGGGCAGCGGAGCGCGGGGAACCAGCGGCCCCGGGGCGGCCUCCCAGUCGGGAUCCCCUCCCCUGUGUGCAGCCAUGCGGGUGGCCAAGUGGCUGACCGGGUUGCUCUGCCCGAUCUCGCUCCUUCUCACUGGGUCCUGGGAAGUUCGUUUCCACCCACGACAGGAAGCCCUGGUGAAGACUCUGGCCUCCUACGAAGUGGUGACCCCCACGCGGGUCAAUGAGUUCGGAGACGUGUUCCCCCAAAACCGGCAUUUCAGCCGGAAGAAACGAAGCUCCGGGGUGCCGGAGCCUCCUCCGCUCAGGACCCACUACCGUAUUAGCGCCUACGGGCAGCUCUUCCAGCUGAACCUGAGCGCUGACUCCGCCUUCCUGGCUGCAGGCUAUACUGAGGUGCACUUGGGGACCCCGGUGCCCGGACCAGGCGGGCGCAGCGCGGAGCCCCCAGACCUGCGCCACUGUUUCUACCGUGGCCAGGUCAACGCGCGAGAGGACCACAUUGCUGUCUUCAGUCUGUGUGGGGGACUGAUGGGAACAUUCAAAGCAAAUGAUGGGGAGUAUUUCUUAGAGCCAGUCCUGAAGGCAGAUGGGAGUGAGCACGAAGAUGACCACAACAAGCCGCAUCUGAUCUACAGACAGGAAGUAAAGAGGAACGCCUUCGUGCGGUCUCAGUCUCAUGGGCCUUGCGGAGUUUCAGAAAAUCAGACGGAGAAAACUGCUUUGCCCUCUCCUAGCUUCCGGAACACGACCGGAGACCUUAAUAGGAGGAAGGGAGCGGUGUUCGGAUUGGAAGGUGAACGGAGCCGGUUACAUUCCAGGAGUAAGCGUUUCCUGUCGUACCCAAGAUACGUGGAAGUUAUGGUGACGGCGGACGCUAAGAUGGUUCGCCAUCACGGGCAGAAUUUGCAGCACUAUGUGCUGACGCUAAUGUCCAUCGUUGCUGCAAUCUACAAGGAUUCGAGCAUUGGGAACCUUAUAAAUAUAGUGAUUGUGAAGUUAGUGAUAAUUCACAGUGAGCAGGAAGGACCGGUGAUCAGUUUUAAUGCAGCCACCACGUUGCGCAACUUUUGCUUGUGGCAACAGAGUCAGAAUGUUCUGGACGAUGCUCAUCCUUCCCACCAUGACACCGCGGUCCUCAUCACUAGGGAAGACAUUUGUGGAGCUAAGGAGAAAUGUGACACAUUAGGCUUAGCGGAGUUAGGCACCCUGUGCGAUCCUUCGAGGAGCUGCUCCAUUAGCGAGGAGAACGGACUGAGCGCCGCCUUCACCAUCGCCCACGAGCUUGGGCACGUGUUUAACGUCCCACACGAUGACAGUUUUAAAUGUAAAGAAUCUGGGACUAAACAUCAGUAUCACGUAAUGGCCCCGACUCUAAAUUACCACACAAGCCCUUGGACCUGGUCGGCCUGCAGUCAGAAGCACAUAACGGAGUUUCUGGACACUGGCCAUGGAGAAUGCCUUCUCGACAAACCCAACGGAAGAACCUAUGACCUGUCUCCCCAGCUCCCAGGCUCGGUGUACGAUGGGAACAAGCAGUGCGAACUCAUGUUCGGUCCCGGAUCGCAAGUGUGCCCCUACUUGAAGCAGUGUCGGCGCCUGUGGUGCACGAGCGCAGAAGGCGUCCACAAGGGCUGUCGCACACAGCACAUGCCGCUGGCAGAUGGGACAAGCUGUGGUCCUGGGAUGCACUGCCACCGCGGGCUGUGUGUGACCAGAGACAUGGAGACCCGUCCUGUGGAUGGCGAGUGGGGGCCGUGGGGACCCUACAGCUCGUGUUCCAGAACCUGUGGUGGGGGAAUCAGGAGCACAGCCAGGCUCUGUGACCGGCCUGAGCCACGAAACGGAGGAAGGUACUGUGUGGGCCGCAGGAUGAAAUUUCGGUCAUGUAAUACUGAUUCAUGUCCAAAAGGCAAGCGAGACUUCCGAGAAAAGCAAUGUUCCGACUUCGAUGGUAAACAUUUCGACAUCAGCGGCCUCCCCCCCAAUGUGAGGUGGCUUCCGAAGUACAGCGGGAUCGCCGUCAAAGAUCGCUGUAAACUCUAUUGCCGGGUGGCUGGGACCACCAGCUUCUACCAGCUAAAGGACAGAGUCGCUGACGGGACACCCUGUGGGACGGAAACUAACGACAUCUGUGUCCAGGGCCUCUGUCGGCAAGCCGGCUGUGAUCAUGUGUUAAACUCCAAGGCCAAGAGAGACAAAUGUGGAGUGUGUGGUGGUGAUAACUCUUCGUGCCAGACCCUGGCGGGUGUCUUCAACAGUGCACAUUAUGGUUACAAUGUCGUUGUAAAGAUCCCUGCAGGGGCUACAAACAUUGAAAUUCUCCAGCACAGCUAUUCUGGAAGACCAGAAGAUGACAACUAUCUCGCACUGUCUGACACUCAAGGGAACUUCCUUCUGAAUGGAAACUUUGUUGUAAGUAUGGCAAAGAAAGAGAUCAACAUCCAGGGCGCUGUUUUCGAGUACAGUGGGUCCAACAACUCCAUUGAAAGGAUCAAUAGCACGGACCGGCUGGAAGCGGAGCUUGUUCUGCAGGUGUUGUGUGUGGGUAAUUUAUACAACCCUGACGUGCACUAUAUCUUCAACAUCCCCAUUGAGGAGAGGAGUAAUCUGUUCUCCUGGGAUCCGUAUGGGCCGUGGCAAGACUGUACCAAAAUGUGCCAAGGUCUUCAUAGAAGAAAAAUUGCCUGCAUUCGUAAGAGUGACCGUGCGGUCGUAUCUGACCAAAGUUGUAGCCACUUACCGCUGCCACUGUUUGUGACUGAAAGGUGCAAUACGGACUGUGAACUCAGGUGGCACAUCACGGGGAAAAGUGACUGCUCAUCCCAGUGUGGCCAAGGAUACAGGACCCUAGACGUUCACUGCAUGAAGUACUCCGUUCAUAAAGGACAGACUGUCCCAGUGGGAGACCAGUACUGUGGUGACCAGCUCAAACCUCCCAACCGAGAGCCCUGUCAUGGCAGCUGUGUUUUAACAAGGUGGCAUUAUUCAGAGUGGUCCCAGUGUUCUAGGAGUUGUGGCGGCGGUGAGAAGACUCGAGAGUCCUACUGUGUAAACGGCUUUGGCCACCGCCUUGCUGAACGAGAGUGUCAGGAGCUCCCUCGGGUGGUGCUGGGGAACUGCAAUGACUUUCCGUGUCCCGGCUGGGCAACUAGUGAGUGGAGUGAGUGUCCUGUCACGUGCGGAAAGGGAAUGAAGCAGAGGCAGGUUUGGUGCCAGCGGAGCGAAGACCCCGUGGGGGAUGACUUCUGCGAUGCCAGUACCAAGCCUGAGUCGCUGGGACCCUGUGAGCUCCGUGCGUGCGCUUCUUGGCAUGUGGGACCGUGGGGUUCUUGCACGGUCACCUGUGGACACGGAUACCAGGUGCGUGCUGUUAAGUGCGUCAGUGAGAUACUUGGCACCGUGCUAGAUGACAGAGAAUGCCCCAGAGCCAGCCGGCCAAGUGACAGACAGGAUUGUAUAUUUGCACCUUGCCUGGCUAUUCUAAAAGUUGGGGCCACCUCCUUACCAGCCAUUCCCCUGGGAAAGGCAGCACAGUGGCGCCAUGGAUCUUGGACCCCAUGCUCCGUGUCCUGUGGAAGAGGCAGUCAGGCCCGGUACGUGAGCUGCCGUGACGCCCACGAUGGAGUAGCGGAUGAGUUGAAUUGCGCCCACUUGCCUCGACCUGCUGAGGUGUCUCUCUGCUUCAGCCCUUGUGGGGAGUGGCAAGCAGGGGAUUGGUCACCGUGUUCAGCCUCCUGUGGACAUGGGAAAACCACUCGGCGUGUUCUAUGUGUGAACUACCACCAACUGGUGGACGAGAGUUACUGUGACCCCGAAGGCCGUCCUGUGACUGAACAAGAAUGUCGCCUGGCGGCCUGCCCGCCCUCGUACAGCCGCUCUCCCAGCUCCUCUGAGCAGCCAAGUCAUGGUCCAGGCAGAAAUGUUCCAUUAACUCACAAACCAGAAGAGAAUCCAGAUCAGGGGGUCCAGCUGUCAAUCAGAGGAAACCAGUGGAGAACAGGCCCUUGGGGAGCAUGCUCCAGAAGCUGCGCGGGCGGUCUUCAGCACAGGGCUGUGGUCUGCCAGGACGAAGAUGGGCGAAGCGCCACUUCCUGUGAGGCGACCUCCAAGCCCCCAGAGUCAAAGCACUGUGGCUCCGGACCUUGUCCGCAGUGGAAUUAUGGGGACUGGGGAGAAUGCACACAGACCUGUGGCGCAGGGGUAAAAUCAAGAUUUGUGAUCUGUCAGUUUCCCGAUGGCCAAAUGGCACAAGAACACAGCUGCGAACUGCCGAAGCCACCUAGCAUGAUGCAAUGUCACCUGCGCGCCUGCCCUGAUGAUGUGUCCUGGUAUCGGGGAUCAUGGAAAUCGUGCUCAGCUUCUUGUGGUAAAGGCAUAAAGUACCGGGAGGUUCUCUGCAUUGAUCAAGUCCAAAGGAAACUAGAAGAAAAAUAUUGCAGUCAUUUGCAUAAACCUCGGACUCACAAACCUUGCAGAUCAGGACGAUGCCCUUCGUGGAAAGCCAAUAAAUGGAAGGAGUGCUCUGUGACCUGUGGGUCUGGGGUACAGCAGAGGGAGGUGUACUGCAGACUGAGAGGCACUGGUCGAGUGGCUGAAGACAUGUGUGAGCCUUCUACCCGGCCUCAGGUGCAACGGCCAUGCUGGCAUCAGGACUGUACGAGGUACCAGUGGACAACAGGAGACUGGCUAGACUGUUCAACAUCCUGUAAGAAAAAGGAGACCUAUCGGCUGGUGAAAUGCGUGAAUGAACGAAACAUGCAAGUGAAUGAAAGUCUCUGUGACCCUUUAACGAAACCCGUUUCGAUCAAAAAGUGCAGGAAUUCUCACUGCAAGUACAUGGUGGUGACAGGAGACUCGUCGCAGUGUGCAGGUAACUGUGGGCUCACUUACUCACAGAGGAUUACAUACUGUACCAGGAUCCAGCCGCCUAAGAAAAAUGCAUUCCAUCAUCAACUUCGGCCUGUAAACUACGGGCAGUGCCCCGUGAUACCUUCUCCUCAGGUGUACAAAUGCGACAUUAGAAGUUGUUUGCGUGGAGCCACUUGGAAAGUGGGAAAGUGGAGCAAGUGCUCAGUAACUUGUGGAAAUGGGAUAAUGGAGAGAAGAGUAGCGUGCAGGACUGAGAACGGUUGGCCCAGUGACUUAUGUUUAAAGCGUUUAAAGCCAGAUGCCCAAAAGAAAUGUUAUGCCAAUGACUGUAAAUUACUCACCACCUGCAAAGAAAUCCAAGUUACAAACAACAUUACCAAGGAUGGCAACUAUGAUCUUAACGUCAGGGGAAGAAUAUUGAAGAUUCAUUGCUCAGGCAUGCAGCUGGAGAACCCUAGAGAAUAUUUACCCCUGGUCAAAGUUGAAGACAACUUUUCGGAAAUAUAUGGCCUUAGACUUCAAAAUCCCUACGAAUGCCCCUUCAACGGAAGUAGGAGGGCAGACUGUGCGUGUGAAAAUGACUACCCACCUGCCGGAUACACUGUUUUUAGCAAAGUGAGAGUUGAUCUCGCAUCCAUGCAAAUCAAAACGACGGAUCUUCUUUUCUCCCGGACACUAUUUGGAAAGGCAGUUCCAUUUGCCACAGCUGGAGACUGCUACAGUGCUGCCAGAUGCCCACAGGGGCAGUUCAGCAUCAACUUAGCAGGAACUGGCAUGAAGGUAUCUAGCACGGCAAAGUGGCUCGCUCAGGGGAGGUAUGCCUCGGUCAUCAUCCACAGAUCUCAGAAAACACUGCUAUUUUGUCCGUAUUCGGGGAGAGAAGUGACUCAGUCAGCAGUGUCUUCCGCCCAAGCAUGUGGGCCUGAGCCUGCAUCGAUGACCCUUGUGCUACAGGGGAGGAGUGGAGAAAGGAGGAUCCAUGGAGCUCAUUAACCAGAUCGACGAGCCCCUUUGCAAUUAGAGACCCUGUCUCAAUCAAUAGAAUUGAACUCUAUUGAAGAAGACACCCGGUGUUCACCUCUGGUCCCCACAUGUACUCAAGCACAUGCGUACACAGGCAGGUCUGCAUACACAGACCCACGGACCCACAUGGCCACAUAGAUAUAUAGCAUGCAUACACACAAAUAUUAAUAAUGUUAUAGGAUGCUUCUAAAAGAUGAAGGAUAAACUUGAUAACAAUAAUUCUCUAGAGAAUAAUAUAUUCUCAUCCUCCUAUUAGAAAACAUUAGACCUAAAUAGAUAGGCUGAACAUAUACCCAGAGGGCCAUUUACUUUGAAAGCCUACCAUUUUACCCUUACCAUAGAAAUAAUAUCUAUUAAAAUUAUUUAAUUAUUAAUUCAAACAGUGCACAGAUCCUCUUUGGGAGAAUGGGCUUGGGUCAUUUAUAUGCUCAUAAAUCACCCCUCCACAGCCUUCACCCUCUUUGGUGUUUUCUAGCUUUUAUCUUGGUUAAUAUGGCGCAUAACAUUCCAAUUAAAACUAGUAUUUAUGGACAAAAUGCAAUUUUCUUGUGUGAUAGUCUUAAAGCAUUUUGUUUGUUUCCAAGGAAUACACAAUCAUGUUUCAAUUAUUAUACACAUAGAGAACCUAAUGAAAUAUCCUGGCUUUCAUGUGUCCAGCUUUUAAAUUUCUUUUGCUUGAAUAUAAAGAAUGUGUCUUGGCUAAAGUCACAGAACGGAGAGCAAUAGUUUGUAAAAUCUUUCGUUUUUUCCCCUCUACUUGUUACAGCUUCUAAAAUCCAGUUACUUAUUUAAUUGUGGAGAAUCUUACGUGUUACGUUAAAACGUCCCUGACAGUGUUGCUUGAAGUCUGAUUGAUAUCCAGGAUAAAACUGAGACCCAUGAAAGCCAAGCAAUAAUUGCGGAAAUGCAAACAUAUUUAUGUUUCGUAAAGUGUGAUGAGCUGAACCUCCCACUCGAAUAGCCUAGGAAAAGGAAAUCCACAAAACGGAGUUUUCCUUCUCAUUUUCUCUGUUCUCUGCAGUUUAAGGGCUUCUGAUCACAAAUCGUCUUCUGUCUCACAAACUCUCAAACACUGAACACUGCCUUCUCCACCCUACCUUUUCUUCUCUGGAGUAAAAACAAUGUUUGUCUCUAAGGAAAAUGACCACAGUUAAACGUGUUGGGUCUAUGAUAAGGAUUCUUUAGUGUUUUUGAUCUUUGUAAGUAAAAUGAAGGCUGCAAAGAGCACCCGCCCCAUCCCCUUCUGUCCUUCUCCCUCAGAAGAUCAGCCUGAGCCUAUUUCCGGUUUUAGUCCAAUUCUGAUCAUGACUUCCGCUCUCUGCCCCUUGGUUUCUGUCCCCAUUACACCACUUCCUACAAUUCUCCAUCCUGCCCUUCAAACGCAUGAUCUGAGACCAUUGGGAAAACACCGCGACCCACGUAUCUUCAAGGUCAAGUUUCUAUAAUACCCUUUUGGCGGGGUCUACUAUUUAAAUUAGAGUUUUUAUUUUAAUAAACUCAGCACUACAAAUAAGUAUUCAGGUGAAAACUACGUGCGCUGAGAUGCAGUGUGUAAAUCCUACCAUGGUUUAUUUGAUAUAAACGGCAGCUGGUAUCAAUCCUAGGCUGUCCGUCCCCUUUGGACCCACGCAUGACCUUCAUGGGGCGGCAGCUCUUACAGAGAUCCUUGGCUGGGACUCGAGCCACAUUAUUUAAAGCGGAUUUUUUGGGUUUUUUUCUGUGUUGCGCACAGUUGCCAGCUUGUGUAAAAGUCUCCCGUGUUUUCUACUUCCUUAUACCUCCAGGACGGAACCAAAGUGUACGGCAGAUGCGGAGGGUUCUGUGGCAAGUGCGUUCCUCACGUGUCUACGGGGCUCCCGAUUCAAGUGCUAUGACCAUUCAAGGCUUGGAAGUUCCGCAAAAGCGGGGUGGCUCUGUGGAAGCACAGGUGUCUGGUGCUCCUUUCUCACUCCUGGCUUCCUGAGACUUCCAUAUCCAAACCUUUCUCUGGGUGCUCAUCGGGGUUUCAGACCACUUCAUAUUUAUGGGUUUUCAAGAGUCGCUUAACAGACACCACUCUAAUCAGGAUCAGUUUUUUGAACAUCGUAAUUUAUUAUAGGGAAUGCAGGCAUAAUGUUUGAAUGGAUUAUACGAAGGAAAUAUUACUGUUCACAGCUUAGACUGGACCAUAAUAAUGUUACUCUCUUAAACACACACGGGAAUAAAUCUCUGAUCCGCUUCCUAGGGUACAAGGAAGGGCUAUUGUGAUUGUUAAAAUGGAGCAAGUAAGAAUUAGUGAAUAUCAAAUUAAUAGUUGUAUCAAAUAAACACAUAGACACCAUCCUUUCUACUGAUAUGAUUUUGAUUCAUUGUCUUAUUUUUUCUUUAAUUUUAAUCUAUGGUUUUUUUGGUGCUUCAAUAAAAAUGGUUCUAAAAUAUAACACAUUUUUUCUUAAAAAUGUGUGCUCAUGUUAAGUAUUAAAUAGAAAACUUUGUGGCAAAACGGAGAAGAUAUGAUAUAUUUGAGAUUUGAGUUUUAAGGCCUACCUCUGUAUAUGUAUGAGCAAUAUACUGUUUUUAUAAUGUUUAUGUUCUAUUAUGUCUUUAUAACUCACAUAUGUAACUACCCGCAAAAAAAAGUCUAUUUUCUUAGGGUUAAAUGCCUUUUGGGUAGCCAAAUAGAAAGAUGGACGUUCUUAAAAUUCUGAUGAUCCUAAGUUUUGGUUCUGUUUUCCUGAAAAUUCUGUUUUCCUGUCCCUUUUCCCACUUUAAAAGUUCCUUAGAGAGUAUGUGGUGGUGAGGUUUCCUCUAGAGCAAAGAUUCUCAACCUGUGGGUCUCAACCUCUUGGGGAUCUAGUGACUCUUUCACGGGAGUCACCUGAGAUCAUUGGGAAGCACAGAUAUCUACAUUGCUCUUCAUAACAGUAGAAAACUUUAGAGUUAUGAAUUAGCAAUGAGAUAAUUUUAUGGUUGGGGGUCACUGCAGCAUGUGGGACUGUUUUAAAGAGUCACGGCAUUAGGAUAGGAAGGUUGCGAGUCCGUUGUUCUAGAGGAACAGAUAACGUUAUCAAAGGGAUUUAUUAGAUUGGUUUGCACUGUUAACAGUCUACGUACUCCAAUAAUAAUUGUCUUCACACUGAGACUGGACGCCCUAGCUGUCUCAGUCCAUACUAAUGACCUUGACGUUUGCCAGAGCAGGGAUGUGGGAGCAGGGAUGCUCUCCUUCAGCCCAUGUAGAAAGCUGCAAAGCUGAAGUCAGAGGAAAAUGAUGACGGUCUAGUCAGCGAGUGCACCAGCGAGGCAGUAAGAGAAGCAGGCAAAAAGCGAACGCUUGCUUUCUCUUCCAAAGUUAGGGCAUGGCUCCCUCACAGUCAACCUAAUGGGACAUCCGGCACGGGUGUGCGCCAGCCGCCUGCUUAGUGGGCAAGUCCAGAUCCUGCCAAACAGAUAUUUUCCCACGUCGGCCUACCCUAUAAAAGCAUGAGAUUUACUAACUCAGUUUACCAGUAAAUAUAAGUGUACUAGCUUUACCCUCAAGGUGUUUUUCUCCCAAAUAUUUGCUAGAGGUGUAAAUGGUACCAGAGGACGUCGGUGCGCAUGCGGUCAAACACUUGCAGAAUUCUGAAAAAAGGGGAGAUUCUGCGAAUCGGUCAGGCAUUAAGACAGGAUGUCUAAUAUUUUCCAUUCAAUGUUCCAUCUGUUAUUAAGGCUGUGUAAUUUAUAAACAUCUAAAUAAAAUAUGUACUUGUGUGGCGCUA